UCUUGCCCUCGUCUCUCUAGCAAUAAACAAAGCCAUCUCUCCAAGCCAGUCCAAGCCAGUGUUUGGAAGUGAGACUUUACAAUGAAGCCCGAUAAGCCGUGUUCCAUUGUGUAGAUCAGUUUCCAAACAAUAAAAGAAGAGAGGGGAUCUGCAUGGAUGCCAGAGAGAAGCAGGAAUGGCGAGAAACGUGAGAGCCUCUCCAUGAAAUAUGACCCAAAACAAUAUGUUGUCUUUGACGUCUCGUUGAUUUAGCUAUUAAGAAAAGAUGAAGUGACGUGAGGAUGGGCAAUUUGGGCGGUACAACCAUGGGUACUCAUCGAACUAUCGGUGUAGGCUUGGCAUUACUGGUGCUCAUCAACUCGUUCCAGCCUUUGCAAGGAAUGGGUUCCCUGCCAGACGCUAGUCAGGAAGGUUUAUUAAGCCAGUUUACGAGUUAUGCUUCCUUGGCCAUCUUUCACUACACUGUUCCCAAAGAAGUGACCCGAGCUACUUGGGAGUUUGCCAGCUUUCAAGACCGUCCGGAUUGUCCAUCUCGAGAGGUCCACAUUCAUGUCCAGCAUGGGAGUUAUCCGGUGUUCUCGGGAGAUAACUCGUCGUUCCCGGAAAGCUUUUACCUCGAGCGGAGCAGCUUGGCUCAUUUGACGACGGAUUCCCAUUUUCAACCUGAUAACUCUGCCGUACACGCCAUUUACAAUCCCCUCCCCGGAUCCUGGUUCGCAGUGGCUUAUCUGGCUCCGUUUGACGAAAAGUACGGAUUGAAGAAAAAGUGUCGGUACAGCUUAGGGUCCAUUGCUCUUUGGUCGAGAGCCGAGGCUGUGGAGACCAUUUCACCCAAUGAGGUGCUCACGUUUAGAACCAAGAGGCAUUUCUCAUACUACAAGUUUCAUGUGAGUGAUGAUGUGGACGCCUUCAAGUUGGGAGUGGCCAAUUGCAUUGUCAAAGUUCGUCAAGCUCGACCAAAUCAAGUGAAAGAUGCGUGCAUCGAUUUCGUGGGAAUACGAGAGGGUGGAUUGCCUUUUUUCAGUCCAAAUAACUCAAACGGAUACUCAAAUGUCACUUCAAAACAGAAUAUCACUUUCUAUGAAUCCCGUCCCCAAAAAUCAAAGACCUACUACAUGUUGGUUGUGUCUCAAGGCCAAGUAACCUUUGACGUCACGCUGUCCCUGAAAAGUUGUGGGGAAAUGGGAUUGUACGGCCGGCAUCAACGAGAAUGGUAUCUGAGCGAACGUGGCUUGAUUUGGUCCGAAUUGUUCAACGAAUCUCUUCCAAAAGAACCCACUACUGGAUUUCAGUUGUUCGCCACAAGGCCACAUUUGAGCAUUCUCAAUGAGACGGACAAGCUGAACAACUUCAAGUUUGAAAAUAUCACCUGGUCGGAGGACGACCUCAAAUCACUAAGUGAUUCAUGCCUAUCUAGCUUCGAAUUUAAUCGUAUUGACAAUGUCAACGAGUUCACGGUCAGCUAUCUUCUUCAAGGAAGAAGCUGGUAUACCAAAUGGUUGACUGUACUCGAAAAAUCACCCGUAAUGACCAGGUUCGAGACUUUGGAGUUCAUCGACAUUGGUGGUUUUGUCAACAUUCAUCUCCGUAUGGACGGAAAGAAGCGUAACAAUUAUAUGGUCCAAAGCAUUCUUGGCUGUCUCUCGAAGGACCGAGCCCCCAACAUGACAGCUUGUAAUGUCAGCUCUCAAAUCGAGGUUUCUACCAGAAAUCAAAGCACCAUGACAGCACUUAAAGUGAUACCGUUUCCGGAGCCCGGUCAAUGGUAUUUGGGAUUUCAGGUCCGUUGCUCUAGCCACAAGAAGCAGAGUGAAAUUGUGUCUUGCCCCAAGUCCUUGAAUUCAGCAAUGGUGUCCGUGGAUCUCCAUAUUCAGCCGUGUGACUAUCGCCCACUACGUGACAUUUGUGGCUCACAUGGGCUCUGCACAAAGGCCACGAAAGGUCAAUUUCGCUUCUCCUCGUGCACAUGUUUAAAUGGGUACAAGGGGUGGACCUGUGAUGAUAGUUCUAGAACGGACCCAUCUUGGAAAUACGUGUUUCAUACCCUACUUCUCACAUUGAGUAACUUUGCCUUCCUCCCGGCCAUAGUGUUAGCCCUUUAUUAUGGGCUCUACACGGAAUCUCUCAUAUACUUGGCCACCAUGAUAUUCUCGUUGUUCUACCACACUUGUGAUCAGGAGGCUUUGACGAUGAAGCUACCUCAUGCUCUUGAAAAAGUGUGCCUUGAUCUCUACAUCAAUAGAGAGGUACUACAAUUCUGCGACUUUUACUGCGCUACGUUAUCCUUCUGGAUCACCAUCAUCUCCUUGUCCAAGCUGCCCUACAAACUAGUCAAUUUCCUCAAUAUCUUCGGGGUUCUGUUAGUCGCCGUUCUAGUUCAAUACAACCGCACCGGAGUGAGCGUGUUUGCUAUCCCGAUCCCUUUGGGCAUUUUGGUCCUGCUUAUCUCCCUGGUUGUGAAAAGUGGACAACGAGGAAAAUUGUUCCGGCCCAACCGCUUGUGCCUGGCCUUAUUUCUGCCGGCAUUCACAUGUGCCGCAAUUGCUCUUAUUCUGUUCGGUUUGAUCGAAACCCAAGUCAACUAUCCUUAUGUGCAUAGUACAUGGCAUGUUCUCAUGGCCUUGGCCUUGGUAUUUCUGAUUCCCAGAUGUCGAGAUCCAGAGCAAGGUCACUCGAGGAAAAUGCCGAUCGUUCCUGAGAAUUGUGCCCCAGAAGACUCCGAACUGGGCUGUUCCUCUAUUCAAAGUGCCUCCCCGUCCGAGGAGAGUAACGGAUCCUCCACAAAUCAAGAAGAUUUAGAUCUAGAGUCAAGCGAAAACGAUUCCACUCAAGGGGGUCCCCCUCCAAUUGUUGAUGCUUGUUCCUAACAAUCAAACAGCGGAAAGUAAUAGAAAAUACUCCUAUGGGAUUCAUUCAAGUGCUCGUUUCGAAACGACCUGUCAUACACUAUCAAAACUAAUUCUACAAACCAUGACAUCCGAAUUAUAGCCAUUAAAACACA